AUGUUCUCCACAAUCAUAUCCGCGCUUUCUUCGAUUUUCCGUAAUGAUUUUCAGAUGAACUUUUCUGGGAACGUUACACAGUUAGGGCUGAUGCACACGAUUUUGGGGUUCCUUUCACUCGGCCGGGAAUCCAUGUUAGUCUCUGCUUUUCGGGAUGCUGCUCGCAUUGUGGCAAUAACGGCUGCUGCUAGCUCUGUGACAGGUUUUUUUUCGAGAGGACUAUCUUCAUUAUCGUUCCUCCUCAAUAUAUCGUUCCACAUUUGCUGUGUGGUUCUCAUUACUGGCCAUCUUUUCACUAUUAAAGUUUUGCUUAAAAUGAUUCGUCAUAUUGUGAUGAAGCCCAUAUGUUUCCCGUUACCUCCACCGUUUCUUGUGCAUACACCUACUCCAGAGCAGACACGAACGCUUGUUGUCGCUCUUGGUAGUGAAGAUGCUUUAUUAAAGUUGUUUGCUUUCGCCGACCUACGUCGUAUAGCCUGGGCAGAUCUUAACCGCCGCUUGGAGGUGUUUUCACUUAGUCAACCAGGCGGACAUCCUCGUAAUUGGUCUAAUGUUUCCACUGCGUGUUUCAGCAUUCUAGAGAGAGUUCGCGAUCAACUCGAGAUGGCUUCAACUCGAAUUGCGGCGGGAAGUGGGUUUGAUAAGGGUGCCGGUGAUAUAUCAGAAGAUGAGUUUGAAGAGUUAGAUCGGGAAAUGCUUAUGAUGCCACAUAAGUCAAGAAGGCAACGUCUGUAUAUGUUUGCGGUUCAGUCGUAUCGUGAGGAUCGUUAUGGAGUUGUGUUGAAAGACCUACCACGAAUCAUAGGUCUAAUGGUGCAACUCAUACAAGCUAUUGACAAAUUCUUCCGUGUUAGAGCUAAUCAGACACCGCCUCCGUUUGCCGAAACAGAUUUAAAACAAAUUGAUUCUGCACUGCAAGCUGGAUUAUUGCGCAUAAACGGAACAUUCGGCGGUCAUUUCGGCGAGUUGAAUCUUACGCAUGAACAGCUACAAACGAUUAGAAUGGUCUGUCAAUCAGAUACAUAA